AUGAGCAGCCAGGAACAGCAACAGGCACAAGUGACUGCAGCGCAAGUGAUGCAGGAGCUUGUGAAUCUGAGAAACGAACUCACAAGGCAAUGCGAAGAGAAUGAUCGGCUAAGGGCCGAGCAAAGCACAGCACUUGAGCGAGUACGGCAAGAGAGUGCAGCUCAAGUUGCGGAAGUGCGAGCACAGGCGCAUACGGCAGUGCAGCAGGCGACGGCUCAGAUGGGCAUGAUGCCACAGUUGGUGAGCGACAUGGUCAAGUCGAACAAGGAACUGGUUGAGGCCAUGGCAAAGAAAGGAGGACCAAACGAGAAGCUCUGUUUGGUCGACACAAAGGGCCUGGGAAAGCCGACGACCUUCUCAGGUGAGAGUGAACAGUUCCUACCAUGGAGGCAUCGAAUGUCGAGCUACGUUUGUUCGAUCCACCAUGAUCUGCAAGAAGUUCUAGAGUGGCUCGAAGAGAGGGAGAAGCCAUUCUCCUCGGAGGAGUUGGACACAGCCUUUGGAGAAAAGGCGUUGGAGGCGGAUCGAGUUCCCAGACUGCAAGAAAAGUCGAGGGAGCUCGCGAACGCGCUCCAAAUGGUUACCUCGAAGGAACCAUUUACGAUCGUGUGCAAUUGCCAGAACAACGGGUUCGAGGCAUGGAGACGCCUUGCGAGGCGAUACGAUCCUGCGACUGCAAGCAGGAAGCGCACGAUGUUGAGAGCGAUUAUAUCGCCCCAGAAGCAGAAGCUGGAGAAUCUCCCUCAGGCCAUCGAAGAAUGGGCCGACGCUGUGCGCACUUACGAGAAGCGCAAGGACAGCACAGGGCGACGAACGACCCUGGCUGAUGAGAUAAAGAUGGCAGCACUGGAGGCAAUGUUGCCACAGGAGCUGGAGUCUCACAUCCAGUUGAACCAGAGCCGGUUCUCCACGUACGACGACGUGCUCGACGAGGUGACUCGCUUCAUCGAGUACAAGACAGGAAAGAGUCUGAAGGUGAUUUCUGCAGCCGCAGCCAGUGCGGCGAGCAAGGAUGAUCCUAUGGACCUGUCGUAUGUGGAGAAAGGCAAAGGAAAAGGAGCAAGCAAGGUCGUGUGCCACAACUGCGGCAGGAGCGGACACUAUGCCCGCGACUGCUGGAGCAAUGGAGGCAAAGGUUCGCAGCAGCAACGGGGCUCACCCAAAGGAAACAUAGAAGAAGGAGGAGAGAACACAGGAGAAGGAAACCAGGACGAGAACUGGCAGGAAGGAGAAGAGGAUGAAGGCUGGGAAGACGGAGACUGGGGAGAAACCUGGGAGGUUCCUCCAAAGGAGGAAAAAGACGAGGAUGAAAAGGAGCUGGAAGCUCUGGAAGAGCAAAUGGACAGAGCAAGGGGUCAGUUCCAAGACCUGAAGGAAGAGACGUUCCCGCGGCGAGGACCUCCGGAGAGAGUGCGCGAGCCAAAGGCCGGAAAGAAAGAGGAGAAGAAGGAGGUGAGGUCUAAGGCUUUGGACACGGCACCCUGGAAGCGCGUUUCGCGCUACCGGGAGCCACCAGUAGAGCCAAAGAGAACAGCCAAAGUCACCACCUUCGAAGCCAAAGGAAUGCGCUUCAGGGAACGUGUGGCCCACCAAGAUGCCAUACGAGACAAGAAGCCCAGAGGCACCGUCGGGGAGUCCUUACUGAAGAAGCAAGGCGAGGCCUGCUCCACCUGCGUGUCGAGGCGACUAAAGUUCAGGAGCAAAGCGUCCCUUCUGCUGAAGAAGAGGAUGAAAGAGUACAAGGCAGCAGCUGCAAAAGCAGCGGGCUCCCACUACGCCAGGAAGGUUUUCGAAAGAGAAAAGCUUGUGAGGGCCGACAGGCCCAGCAAGGCUGAACUGAGGAGUGCAAAGGUAGCCGAGAAGGUGAAGCAAAGGGAGGAAGAAGCCGCUGGUGAAGAAGAAGAAGAAGACAAGUUUUCCUUGGAGCCGGAGAGCUCCGAGGACGAAAGCGACUUCGAGGAUGACCCUCCAAGCGAGGGGCCCGAGGAACCCAAGAAGGAAGAAAAGAAGAAGCCACCAAAGCAGGAAGAAGGAACCGAAGGAGCAACCGCGAUCACGGCAAGCACCUCGAGCAGCAUGCAGAGGAUGCUAGCGUCGGGUCUUAUGGAGACCAACCGUGCGAACCUCGCGGUCUUGGACCAGAGGAUCGCGACAAAGAGAGAGAAGCUCGAGGGACGCGGCAGUGACCCAGAGCUGGAAGCCGAGAUCGCGAGCCUGGAAGACGAGCGGAAGCGCCUGAAAGAGGAGCGUGAGCGCCUCAGGGCGCAGCAAGCGGGCGUGAAGAAAAAGGAACCCGAACACCGCAGAGACCAGUCGGUGCACGACGUGCGCUACAAACGCCAAGUGGAAAAGGGAGACAGCCACUGGAAGGCUUGGCGUGCGGAAAAGGGACGAAGGAGAGCGCAAGAGCACAGACGCAGCGGUGUGGGCGAAAGAGCAAAGGAGAGGAUCGAGGCCGACAAGAAGUGGCACGCCCGGCACGACGUGAAAGUGAAAAAGGGCGACUUCCGCGAUAACCAGAAGGAAGAGGUCGACGGCAUCGACACGGAGGUUAUCCACAGCGAUGGGACGGAGGCCAAGCCCGAGCGGCGAAAGGACUACCGCCCCCUCACGAAAGCCGAAAGGACGAGCCACCGCGUGGAUGCCGACGACGAGGAGGAGCUCUACCGGAAGGAGCUCGAAAAGCAGGAAAGGCCGAAGGCGACCGGGCGCUACUCGGCGGACCCGUCGAUUGCGGCCGAGCAGAAGAAGAAGAGGAACCAAAAGAGAAACCAAAGGCGCAACAAGCUGAAGAGGAAGCUUGGGUCGACCUGGGAUCCAGAGCACAAAGGAAAGAAGAAGGUCAAGAAAAGCGAAGACGACGACGAAGAGACUGUGCACUGUGAAGACUACGACGACCGCCGCGACCCAAGAGGAGAAGACCCGGAGGACCCGGGCGAAGGAGGCGUGCGCCAAUCGGUGCACAGCUUCGAGACCGUGGAUGCUGCCAGCCUGGGCGCUUCGCCAGGCGUGGCUAGCGUCGAGGUCAACUUUGACACGGGAGCGGCCGUGACCGUUCUGCCUGAGAAGUACGUGACGCAGCCAAAGGACAACGGCGUCCGCUACAAGACGGCGUCAGGUGAGGCGCUGAAAGACCAAGGAAAAGCCGAGGUCACCGGCACUUUGUCGGGAGGCCGUGGGGCUACGAUCACCGGCCGAGGCGCCGGGGUCCACCGCAUACUCCUGUCAGGAGCACAGGCGUGCAAGACGCAUUUUGCGUUUCUGCACGGAACAGGAGGCUUGCUGGUCCCAAAAGGAACUGCUUUCGCUAAGGAGGCCGACGAGGCGUUGCGCCAGUUGGCUUGGAAGCACAAGGGUGUCGGAACCAAGAUGCAAGUGAAGAACGGCAUCUACGUGUUUCCUCUGCAAGACGAGAAGAAAGGAGUGAAGGGCGGAAGCAAGGGCCAAGCUGAGAUGGUUGAGGAAGCGGCCAAAAGGAAAGCCGCCGGAAAGGCAACGCUCAAGGUGUUAGCCAAGGAAAAAGGAGGCACUGAAGACGACCGCUUUGCCGAGGAGCCGGAGGCUCCAGGCGAAGAACAACAGAGGGCGAUAGUGCCGAAGAGCCCAGACCAGCCAACGGCUGACCAGAUCGCACAGCACGAAGCCUCGGGGCACGCGGUGCACCGUUCCUGGUGCGUCCACUGCCAGAGAGCGCGAAAGAUGGUGAAUCCACAUUACCGGAUUCGGAGAGCCGAACUUGAGACAUCUUUGCCGACGCUACACAUGGACUACUUCUUCCUGGGCAAAGAAAAGCAGGAAGACGACGUGAUGCCGCACCUGGUGGUUCGGUGCGACAAAACGCAGCGCACUUGGGCAACUUCGUUGCCCGAGAAAGGCACGCAUGCGUACAACGUCACGUGGUUGGCCAGCGUGAUACGCGAGGCCGGAUGGAAGAGGAUGUGUUUAUUCUCAGAUAAUGAACACGCCCUCCGUGCGCUCAAACUCAAGGCCUCCGAAGAAGUCCAAAAUGUAGUGUUCGACUUGAGAGAGAGUCCUACAAGUACGGAACACGAGAAUGCGCCAUCGAACGGCAUAGCCGAGGCCGCAGUGAGAGAGGUGAAGCGAAUGGUCCGAGCUAUCCUGUCGGAGCUGGAGACAAAGCUUAAGAUCGAGGUGGGCGUGGACCACCCGAUUCUCGCCUGGAUCGCGAGGCAUGCAGCGUUCUUGAUGACACGUUUUCGCAUUGGCGAAGACGGGAAGUCAGCUUACGAAAGGACGCUGGGCCGACCGUGGAGGCGACCUACCAUUGUCUUUGGCGAACAGGUGAUGUUCAAGCCAGUUGGUUCGAGACACAAGCGAGGAAGCCUAGAUGCAAGAGUUUGCAUGGGACGUUACGUCGGAACUGCGUCGAGGAACGCAGACUUGCUGAUCAUGACGUCCGAGGGUAUAUCCCGGGGCCACUCCUUGCACAGGAGGCCCGAGGAUGAGAAAUGGCCUGUUGAAGGUUUCGACGUGCUACGCGGAUUGCCUUGGAGGAUGUCCGGUCCACAAGAGCGAGCGUCGCCCAACCGAGUUGGUAUGCCCGCUCUCGAAGGCGAACAACCCGCGCCACAACACCGAGACUUCAAGGCACGCAACCUGUACGUCAUGAAGUCCGACAUUGAGCUGUACGGCUACACGCCUCAGUGUCCGGGAUGCGAUGCGCAGCUGAUGGGUCUCCCGCAGCGAGCGCACAAUGACGAGUGCAGGAUGAGAGUGCAGAGAAGACUGCAAGAAACCGACGAGGGAAAAGAAAGAGUGAAAAGGGCCCAAGAGCGAGUUGAAAAGGACUACGGAAAGCGGGUCAAAAGAGACCAACCCGCGCUGGAAGGAAGACCUGCCCCCGACGCAAUGGAUGUUGCAGCAGAGGAAGCGGCAGGCGCACCUUUGUCCAGACCAAUGGAGGUCGAGGACCGCGCCGAGCCGAAACAGCGGAAGCGCGCAGCGUCCAAGGACGUCGAGGACCUUUACCGGGAAGAGCCCAGCACGAGGGCUACCGAUGGUCCAGAUGUCGAGGUCAUUGGAGUACACGUGCAAGGGGGAGCAAGUGGCUCUGCAGGACCCGGCCUGGACCACUCACGCCAACAAGCACGAGCAGAUGCAGAAAUGUACGACGCAGCAACGGCGAAUCCGCCGCCAGCCAACGAGGAAGUGCGAAUGAACUUGAUUACGCGGAUGUUCGAACAAAAGGGGCUCAAGUGCAGCCCGACCGAAGCGAAGGCCAUAAACUCUAUGGUUCUACAGUUGGGAGGUAAUGGCAAUUCAGCUGUGCCCUGGAGCAUGGUGAAUGAAGGCAUUAUCUUGCCAAUGGACCAAGAGCCGCCGAUGUUCGCUCAGGCUGAGCAUUUGCGUUUCUUCGAAAAGCUGGAACAAGUGAAGCCAAAGCUUCUGGUGGGCAAGCUGCCCACUGGACCCUUCCAGUCAGUACAACGUGCUUUCGACAUGACCAACAAGAUUGGAGUCGAGACCAGACGCGGAAAUUUGAGGAAGGCCCGAUCUCAACUGGGGCUUUGCUUUGAGGCCUUCGAGGCACAGAAGGAAGCCGGAAACUACUUCCUCUAUGAGUGCCCAAGGGGAACUAAGUCCUGGGAGCAUGAACUUGCUCAAAGGAUGGGUUCGUACUUGGUUGAAGGCCCAAUGUGCAAGUGGAAAGUUGACGAAAGUGGAAAAAUGAUUGCAGGCCAAUCCGGCAAGAAGCGAACCCGCUGGAUUACUAAUUCGGCGACGGUUGCAACAGCGCUGGAAAAGCUAUGCAAGGGCAAUGCGAAGGUGUGGAACCGAACGCUAAGCUUCAAGGAGGGGAUCGUGACGGCCAAGGCCGAGUAUCCUCCGAAGCUUGAAAGAGCACUACUGGCAGGAGUGCGAGCACAACUGGUUCUGGAUGGAGAAAUGAAGGAGGUGGGCCAUGUGGGUGGACCUGACCCACACGAGGAGCCACCGCUCGAAGAGUAUCUCCAUGAUACCUUACCCAAGGCUGGGCAGCUUCACGUAAGCGAGCCCGUCAUAGACGCAAACACAGGGGCACAACUUGAUGCCAGAAAGGUUGCGGAAGCAAGAGCGUCAGAACUUGCCUGGGUGAAAAAGCAAGGUGUGUACGAGAAAGUCGAAGAGAGCGUGUGUUGGGACGAAACAGGUCGUCCGCCCAUAACCUUGAAGUGGGUAGACCGCAACAAAGGGGAUGAUGUUCGGGAAAACUACCGCAGUCGUUUGGUAGUCCGCGAGGUCAAGUCACAGGGACAAGCGGCGUUGAUACCAGACUACGCACUGUUUUCCUCAAUGCCACCUCUGGAAGGAUUGAAGAUCCUAUGCAGUCUGCUGACGACACUCAAGAGGUCAAAGAGCGGAAAGAAGCUCACGCUGAAGCUGACAGACAUAUCACGUGCACACUUCUAUGGAAAAGCAGAACGACGUGUGUUUGUCACACUUCCCGAGGGAGAUGAAGCUCCCGGCUUUUGUGGUCUGUUGAAACGGACCAUGUAUGGCACCCGUGAUGCCUCAGCUGUAUGGCAGAGAUCGUACACAAGCCUGUUACGCAAGCACGGGUUUGUCGUGGGAAAAGCAUAUCCGUGUACCUUUUAUCAUGCCGAAGCCGACGUGAGAUUAUUGGUGCAUGGGGACGAUUUCCUAGUCUUGGCAGACGAAGAUGGACAUCGCUUUGUAGACAAAGUACUGUCUGAAGAGUACGAGUUCAAGUGUGAUGGCCACAUAGGACCUGAGUGUGAAAAGGAUAGCAUGACUGUCCUGAACCGGGUCGUGAGCUAUGACAGCCAGACAGGAACUGUUACGUACGAAGCGGAUCCAAGGCACGCGGAAGCCCUAGUGCGCGACCUUGGACUGGAGUCUGCGAAGGCGGCCAAAACGCCAGCAGAAAAGAAAAAGGGAAGUGACCUGAAAGCGAUGCUUGAAGCACAGCCGUUGAAUGCCGAACUUCAGAAAGCAUAUCGGUCUCAUACGAUGAGGGCAGCGUUCCUUGCGCAGGACCGUCCAGACAUUGCCGAGGCUACGAAGAGCUUAGCGCGGCACAUGAAAGAACCCACAGAGUGGGCAUGGGCCGAUCUGAAGAGGCUUGUCCGCUACUUACGCGGAAAUCCACGGCUGAUCUACGAGUACCACCCGCAACGGUUCAGCAAAGAGAUUGUGAUGUACUGCGACUCAGACCACGCUGGUUGCCUCAUCACGCGGAGGUCAACCACGGGACUGGUGACAAUGCUUGGAUCGCACUGCGUGAAACACUCAAGCAACGUGCAAAGCACGAUCUCCCUCUCGAGUGGAGAGAGCGAGUUUUACGCUAUGGUUCGAGCAGGGUCAAUAGGUCUGUCGCUACAGGCGAUGCUAGAAGACUGGGGAUUAAAGGUCGGUCUGCGGAUUCGAUCUGAUUCCUCGGCGGCCCGAGGCACUACUCAGCGCCAGGGCCUGGGUCAAGCACGCCACGUGCAAACAAGAUACUUGUGGGUGCAAGAGAAAGUCGCCACGCGAGCUCUGGAGCUAGAGCGUGUAGGCACGGAGAAGAACUACUCCGACAUCUGCACCAAACCAAUGCCCGAAGUGGCAAUGCUCAAACACCUCAAGAACAUGGGAUUGCGUUUUCAUGUUGGACGAGCCGGAGCAGCCAAACGGCUCGUGUGA